GUAUUGCGUAUGUUCUGUCUCUUACGGGCGCACGCGUGUAGCUCAUCUAGUUGAUCCUAACAUCUAUGUAUGAAGUAGAGUUUCUAUUUCAUUCUUUGAUUCUCUUUUACAAAUGUCAAUAAGGUUUUUUGCGUUUAAGAGGUUUUAUUUGUAUCUUAAAUACUUUGUUAGGAUCAGCUGAAACAUGCUUGUCAAAUUGUUAGUGUCACUAACACUGUCAAACAAUAGUGGAUGCGCACGACCCGAUACAAGUUACGAAGUGAAGUUCACAAAUUGCUCGUAGUUUGAUUAAACUUGUGGUGAGGUUUCAACGCAUCCUGACGCUUCAAGAGUUAUUAAUUUUGUUCAUAAAAUCAUUUCUCUGCUCUGACUUUGUUCUCAUAUCAGAAAAAUUAUUUUCUUGCAAUGGACUCUCUUAAAAAGAACUGGUUUACUGAGGCAUGCGAAUUAUGGCCUGGAGGCACGUUUUCGUUCGAAGUGAAGGAGGUGCUUUGUGAUGAGAAAUCUGAAUACCAACACGUUCAAGUUUUUGAUACUACAAGUUUAGGCAAAGUUUUGGUACUGGAUGGGAUCAUACAGUGUACUGAAAAAGACGAAUUUUCUUAUCAGGAGAUGAUAUCAUUCCUGCCUUUAUGUUGCCACAAAAAUCCUGAAAAAGUACUAAUUGUGGGUGGAGGUGAUGGGGGAGUAGCCAGAGAGGUGGCCAAGCAUCCCAAAGUGAAACAAAUUGUACAGGUGGAAAUCGACGCAAAAGUAAUAGAAGUAUCAAAGAAACACCUCGCCUUCAUGGCCAUAGGCUUCGACAGUCCAAAGCUGACGCUGCACGUGGGCGAUGGCUUCGAGUUCAUGAAGCAGCACAGCGCAGAGUUCGACGUGAUCAUCACCGACAGCAGCGACCCCGUCGGCCCGGCCGUCAGUCUCUUCCAGGAAAAUUACUUCAGCUUGAUGAAGAGUGCGUUGAGGGAGGGCGGGAUUGUGUGCUCGCAGGCGGGAACUAUUUGGAAUGAUUUGCAACUUGUCAGGAGUACGCUGAGCCAUUGCAGAAAACAGUUCCCCUCGGCGGCCUACGCCUACGCGUCAGUACCGACCUAUCCGUCCGGCCAGAUCGGGUUUGUGAUCGGCUCUCUUACACCCAACGCGCGCUUCGACGUUCCCACCAUUACCUUUACUAAAGACGAGGAAGCCGCCAUGAAACUGAGGUACUACAACUCGGAAGUGCACAAGGCUGCGUUCGUGUUGCCGACGUUCGUUAAAUAUCAGCUCGCGUAGGUACUUAACUCGGAAAGGUUCUAGAAAACGGUACAUUUAAGCAUAGUUGAUGAAUGAUGUAUAACUUCAUUGUACAAUGAACAUUUUUUACUUAGUUACGAGUUAAAUAUGGUAAUGAUAGUGCAUAUCGUAUACUCAACGUUAAUGUACCUACGUCAUGUGUACCUAUACUCUUUAGUUUUCAAGCGAAGCCAGUUUUCAAAAGAAGGUUCUGUUUAUCCAUUAUAAUUCCUAUGACCCUAGGCAGAAUAAUGAACUGUACAUCCUACUAAUCAGCGGUAUUUUAUACCUGUCUUAUUAUUAGCGCGUGCCGGCUUAGUCCAGUACCUACAUUUCAUUAUGUAUCUACUGUUUAGGGCCGCAGUGAUGACCAAUACAUUUUAUAAAACAGUGAUUUUCAUGCGGUUCACCUAUCAAUAGAGUGAUUCUUGAGCAAGGUUUAGGUGUAAAAUUUGUUAACCCGUGCGUGCCGGGGCCGGUCACUAGUGUUAGAUAAAUAUUUAAUAGCUUUCUGAAUCUUUUUUUAUAGCGACUUCGGUUUGCGAUUUCUGAUACAAUAAAAUCUCAAACUAGCUCAGCUUGUAAACAGACUACUUUCGUAGCGUGUGCCGCUGUGUUAAGCGAAUUUUAUACGUACCUACUCCACUGACUCUAAAUUAUGAAAUAACAAAUUGAGUAUUUUCUCUCGUGCAUGAACAGUUUUAUUAGAACAAAAUCAAAUGUGAAAUACCCAAGUUUUUAUACCCAUUAGGUAUAGUGAAUGCAUAUGAAAAGGCAUUUCAUUCUGUUGUUGUUUUUUAUAGAUGUUUUCACUGUUGGCUAAUUGUUAAUUUUUACUUAUUUGUGUAGUCAUUCCAUUUGUACCGCUCCGUACAAAACUUUCACAAGCGAUUUUUAUGUAUAGUAUCUAAAAAAAUAUUUUUAUACAAUUGUUCAAAAUUGUUCCAUCUAUUCGGAAUCGAAGGUACCGAUAUAAUUGACAUACUGAUAUAUCUAAGGACGGGCCUUACGGACAAUAAGAAUGGGGCCAGUACAGCGGUGUCACGCACACGAAUUCGAACCAAUCGUGCAGUCUAACGCCGCCACACGAUUGGUUGAUGAGUUCGCACCACGCGCGCGAUUGGUCGUAACAGUGACACCACUGAACUGGCGCCAUUCUUAGUGCCCGUAAGGCCCGUCCUACGUUAUACGUCCUAGGUUAUAUGUCAAUAACCGAUAUAUUUUAAUAGGGCCAUGGUUAUAGUGUAAGACUGAAUCUUAUAAGACCAUACAUAUUUGCGCUUUGAUAUUUACGAGGACGCGUUUGAAGCUCGUCUCAUUGCUGACAUUCCAUGUUUUUAUAGGUAAUAAACAUAACGUACAAGACUACAAGCAUACUUAUAAUACAUAAGUAUACAAUAUAAUAGUGAAUUUAAGAAAAUAAAAUGCAUUUACACUAAUAGGAAAGAUUUGCUCAGAAUCAAUAUAAUACGAUAUUUUUAUACAUAAUUUUGUAUAUUUAUAAAACAUUUAUGUAAAAGUUAAAUCGAUGACAAUAAAUUAUGUUUUUUA